AUGUUAAACCGUCCUCGCUUACUGCCUCAAGGACGGGACACACUUGGAAGCAUUUGCAUAAAGAGAUAAAAGGGGGGAGUUGUCAGGGAGAACAAGGUGGUAACGACGAACAAACACACGCGGGAGGAAGGACGACACACCCGCACGCACGUUCGCACCUCCACAGGCCCGAUCUGGGAACCAAACUCAGAAAGACUACACACUGGUGGCACAACAAAUAUUCUUCUUCAGUUUCCCUCAAGGAAAAGGACACCAGUGGACACUUUACUUCCAGGGUCCCUGAGGCGACAAGAAGAGGAGGAGGAGGAGGAAGUGCAAAUCGCAACAGUUUGGAGGGAAUUCCUGAAGAUGGAACAAUCCGUGCAGAUUUGGCACAUGCAGGCGGAGCACCAUGAGGCAGCCAGUGAGCCCCAAAAGAGGAUGUCUGUGGCGAACCAGCUGGAGUGCCCUAUCUGCUACAGCACCUACGACAACGUCUUCAAGACGCCAAAGUUGUUAGAGUGCACCCACACUUUCUGCCUGGAGUGUCUCUCCCGCCUCAUGGCGAUCUCGCCGGGUGAGCAAGAAGGCGCCGAUCGGGGGACAUUGCAGCUCUUUUGCCCUUUCUGCCGCCAAAACACAGAUUUGCCUGAGGGGGGACCCCCGUCUCUGCCCAGCAACCAUGAAAUGCUGCACAAUUUGCCGGGCCACCAGCAGCGGGAGGAGCCCGUGUGGCUGGACGGGGAAAAGUUGUGUUACAAAAGCAACAGGCCGGCAUCCGAUAGCCUCUCGGCCUUGUGCAUCUGCAUUGAUAUUGGUGCCGACAAGGGGGGCAGUGCCCCCGCUCAGACCCCGCCUCAGAAUUUAGGCCGGCUGGACCGGCUGGCAGACUGGAAGCGGAUGAUGCUCUUUGUGAUGCUCAUGGUGUUGCUGAUCAUUGUGGUGCUGUGGCCACUACAGUGUGUUUUCAGCACCGGAAACAUGCGAUGUAUGAACCGCCCCAACCUCACCGCCAGCACCGCGACGACGCGCCCCAGUUUUGAGGCACUCAGUGUGACUGCACGUCUGUCAAAUUAGACACCAACAUGGCUGAUUGGACUUGAUUGUGUACAGUUUGUGGAUCACAUCAGUGAUCUACUGAAGGAAACACUUUGUAAAUAAUUUCACGUGUGAUGUACACAGUACAUUCAAUUUACAGUCAUGCAGCACAUACCCACAGAAAGCGGCUGUUGAAAAGACUUUUUCUUUAUAAAAAAAAAACAAAAAAAACAUGUCUCCUUGUGAAAGAAUGAAAAUACUUUUUCUGCAUAUUGUUGCUCUUCAAUGAAAGGCAAAUUUUUCCAAAAUUUUCAAAGAAUUAGUUAUGUACAUAUCCUUUAUUAAUCCCAUGAAGGAAAUUAAUGUAGCAAUAAUUUUCAGUUGCUCUCUUGUAGAAUUUAAAGAGCACAGCAUGUACACAUUUUAUGCAAAGAUAUUUAAUGAAAGGGACAAUGUGAAUAUCUUUUGCCAUCUAGUGGUGAACUAAUAGAAUGAAGUUUGCAAUCCAUGUGAGAGAAUUAGAGAUUGCCAAUGUCACCAUAAAAAAUUACGAGACCUACAAUAUUAAAAGAUGUACAUUGAUGUGGUUUUUUUUGCACAUUAUCGAAAGCGGGUGUUUUAGUGAAUAAACACUGAAAGAUCAAAGAAAAAUCUACACACUGUCUCUUUAAGAAAUUCAAAAAGCUAUAAGACAUGCUUUUCAUUGUAAAGCAACAAUUUGAAGAUUUUGCAUUGUUUCAUAUUUUGACUUUAUUAAAUAAGUCUGGUGCACAUAAA